GAGAGAGAGAGAGAACGAACGCAGAAUUCUCGCACACUUUAGUGCAGCUCUCUGCUAAUCUUUCACAAGUGCUUAGUCCACACGCUGUCAGGUUAAGUGGACUACUGUUUGUGCUGAGGUUUGUCGAGCCCCCUUGCUGCUGCUCAGUACCUACUGUUAAUUGCUGCUUAGUUUUUUUUGUUUUUUUUGUUUUGUUUUUUUUUAUAGUGGUUUUUGGAGUAACAAACCAGUACUGCGAUUUCUUUUCAAAGCAGAAUUAUUCUCUGGGAUCUACAGUCUAGCUGUUUUUGUUGGUCGACCCUGACAAUGGUGGGCAGGGGAUCUUUUUGUCGGAAACAAUUGCAGGCUGUCCUGCUGAGACUACUGUGCCUUCUUCCCACAGGACUGCCAGUCCGAAGCGUGGAUUUCCAGCGAGCCACCGACAACAUCACUAUUCGCCAGGGUGAUACAGCGAUACUCAGGUGCUAUGUUGAUGACAAAGUGUCAAAAGUUGCCUGGCUGAACCGCUCCAACAUAAUCUUUGCUGGAGAGGACAAGUGGUCCCUGGACCCCCGAGUGGACCUGGUGACGAAAGGACAGCUGGAGUACAGCCUCCGGAUCCAGAAAGUGGACGUGUACGAUGAGGGAGCAUAUACCUGCUCCAUUCAGACCAAGCAGCAACCCAAGACCUCUCAGGUGCACCUCAUUGUUCAAGUUCCUCCAAUGAUCUUCAACAUUUCUUCAGACAUCACUGUUAAUGAGGGCAGCAACGUGACCCUGAGGUGUUUAGCUAAUGGGAGACCAGAGCCUUCGAUCAAUUGGAGACAUCUCAGUCCUUUAGCUGAUGAGCUUGAUGGUGAUGAGUACCUGGAGAUUUUCGGGAUCACCAGGGAGCAGGCUGGAAGAUACGAGUGCAAAGCCGCUAAUGAAGUGUCUUCACCAAACGUUAAAUACGUCAAUGUCAUUGUGAACUACCCUCCUGUCAUAAUGGAGUCAAAAAACGCUGAGAUCCCAGUGGGCCGGUCAGCAGCUCUGCAGUGUAAUGCUAUCGCAGUGCCCAAACCAGACUUUGAGUGGUACAGAGAUGACAAAAGGAUAUUCAGUGCUGAAGGAAUCAAGAUCCAGAACUAUGGGACCCACUCUGUUCUUAUGGUAUCUAAUGUCACUGAGGAGCACUAUGGCAACUACACGUGCGUGGCAACCAAUAAACUGGGGAUCAAUAACGCCAACCUAUUCCUAUACAAACCUGUUUUACCCACUUUCCGAUACCCUAUCCGAGGACCAGGCACAGUGAAGGAUAAUGGCUCAACCUGCCUCACCCAGUCACUGUGGCUUCUAUUGGCGUCCAUCACCUGCCUUCUCUUCAAGUGUUAAUGAAAACGCCUCGCAGCAUCAUACAGGAUUACAUUCAGACUGUUUGUAUUACAACAACCUGCUGCGCUGUGGCGCAAAAAAAAAGAAUAAUUCUAUUCUAUUAAAAUAAUCUUUUAGAUGAACAAAGGCUACUUAAUAAACAAACAAACUUGCUUAUAAAGUUUAAUUAUUGUGUUAAUCCCCCCGUUAUUUGCAGAUGAGUAAGUUCAUAACCCUUUUUGAGUAUGUUUUGGAGUGAAUAGUUUCAUUAAAAGUAAAAGAAUAAAACCAACAAUCGUGUUUAGUUAACACAAAUAUGGCAGUGAUUUCAAGUCAAAUACAUCACCGUAACAGCAAGGCAAAAGAUUUUAAAGCGUUUUCAUUUUAUUGUGGUGCGGUUAUAAAACUAGCUUUGAGCAAAUUGCACAUUUUUUAAGUUAUUUAAGGGAAGUGAACAUUUCCACAGUAAGAGAUGCGGUUCAUAGCCUUGCUAAUGAAUGACUGAUUAAACAUCACAAUGUUGAAAAUGCUAUAGAAAUACAUCUUUGUUGUGGUCUUCUGAACUGUGCUGCAGCGGGGAAAAUUGGUGUGUGCAGUUUAUAGAUCAAGCAAGUGAGAAGUUAAACAAAAAUACAUAUAUUUACCCUUGUGUACUGUACAGGAUAACAUCAAAGCGUUUUCCCUUAGUUUUUAGAUGGUACUAGUUGAACAUAAGUCUCUGGGCAUAUAUAUAUAUAUAUAUAUAUAUAUAUAUAUAUAUAUAUAUAUAGACACACACAGAGACAUAUUAGCCUAUCAGUACAUCCAGUUUUAAAUAGUUGUACAUAUGUUGGAUAUAUGAUCUCACGGAUGGUGCUUGUUAAGUAGUUUCUCACUUCUCAAAGGCCUUCUUGGUUGAAGCUCUGUGCUUGGGUGCAUGAGGCCACUGCUUCUGUAGUUUUGAUUAAUUUAUAGUACAUUGAUGAGCAUGAGACCAGCUGAUUGAUGCAUACUUUAAGUGCACAAAGCUUGUCCUGUCACUAGAACGGCAUUCUUUCAUUAGAAGAGGGCUUAUAAUAAAAAAAAAACUGUAUAUAUAAAUAAUUUGUAUAAACAUAUUUUUCUUAGAGAACAUUAUGACCUGUUAGAAAAAUAUUUGCUGUAGGUAGUAGGAUUAGAUAAAAGCUAAAUAUAUGCUACACAAAACUUUCCAGCACAAUGGAAGUAGCUACAGAAAUCACCUGCCAUAUUUGCUGUUCCACUAAAAUCAUACAAUGCUGCCAGCUUGGGGAAUACACAGAGAGCUGGCCUUUAUGGGAUGAACCUGUUGAUGAAAAUAAUUAAGUGUUUCGGGACCUGUACUUUCAGAAUGUGUUAGAAAAGAAAUGGAAAAUCUUAACACAGUGUCCUUUUUUUUGGUUAUUUUGUAAUGUAUAUACUUGAGUCCAAUGUCCAUGUUAAAAAAGAUUUAUUAUGUUUCAUGUUUUGAGUUAGCAUAGUAUGUUGCUGAUGCUGAACCAGUAGUGGACCAUGAUGGUAGCAUAUUUUGCACCGUAUAUUAAUGUUACUAAUGGGAAGAUGAACAUUUGUUUUUUUUUUAUUAAAACUGUAAAACUUGUACCUUUACAAAUCCCCCUCCUUUAUUUCCCAUUACCCUUAGAACGGAUAGGCUUAGCAGGUUUUUUUUUUUUUUUUUUUUUAAUAAUGUUUUGGUGCCUCACGUGUCUGUAAGACUCCACAUUUAACAUGAAAACGAGUUGAUUAAAUCCCAAACAAGCAUUAUGACCUGUAUAUUGAUACUAAUGUUUUCUACAAUCAAAAAUGACAGCACUGCUCUGUGACCCACUUCUAUGGCAUCGUAAAAUAAUUCAAAGUUAUACAGUAUAGUAUAUCUGUAUCCAUUCGAAUUAACUUUGUGUUUCUCCUAAUGCAGAGAUGUAUUAGGGUGCUAUAUCUUUACAUUUGAUUACAUAUAUGCCAAAGAACAGGGGUAAAUUUGGCAGUGCCCUUGACAAAAAAGUACAUGGACCACAUACUGUAAAUGAAUGUCAUUGACAUACCUCUGUUAUAAUUCAGAAUGCUAUCUUUCUGCUUGGUUACCAGUUGGUGUUCACAAACAAUCACUCAAAAGAGUGAAUAAACUUAAAGGUGCAAAUGUGUUUUCCUGUAACCUUAAGAAUAUGGAAAAUAUUGUAAGACAUUGUUUGAACAGUUCAGGUGUAUUGCUCUGAAUGCAUAGAAUCAUUAUAAUUACUUAGUAUAUCACAGCUGUGUUUUUUGACCUACAUUUUACUUUUUAUAUCAGUUACAUAGAUUAAUAUAGAGCCUUUUCUCUUACUGUAUGUGAAAACUACUCACAGAUUCAACCUGUGAUGAGUAUCUAUCAAUUAUUUUAUAACAAAAACAAAGUUAUUUCAGGGAAUAUUAGGACAAAGGCUAUUCAGAAGGUUAUGGAGCAGCAUGGCUCAAUAAUUUAUGACAGAUCUAAAUACAUGAUCUGUUUAUAUAUAUAUAUAUAUACUGUAUGGAGUACACACACACACGCACAUAUAUAUAUGUGUGUGUGUGUGUGUGUGUGUGUACUCCAUACAGUAUAUGGGUUCUUAACAGGGGUGGCUCCAUAGUCUAGCAAAACCUUUUUUUUUCUGACAAAUGUCCAUAUUUCAGUUUUCCAAAAUUAAUUUUUUCAAAGUGAAAAUGUUGACUUAUUGCACAUUUAUUUCUCUGGAUCUUCAAUGUUACAGUUCCCCAAAGCUAAUUUAUUUGAACUCACCUGAAAAUUAACUUGAAUGACAAUGUUUUUGCAUCUACACUGUAAAGAAACCCCAAACCUAAAGUUUCCUAUAUAGAUGAUAUUGUCAUGAACCUGAAUGAUGUUCAAAGAAAAGAUGGUCAUAGAAGGUUCUGCAACUCUUAAAAUGUGUGACCAAUUGUAGAAUCCUCGGUUAAUUAAUUCCAAAUCUUAAAUUCCGCUUCAUUCUUAACCAAUUCAUUUUCUUUGAAAAAAACAAGUACCAGUAUCUAGCAUGAUUGUGUGGCAAAAUUAAGGAAUAUAAUUACAAAGCUUCUUGUUGCGUCCAUUUAAAUGGAUUGUUGUUUAAAUGUUUGUUACUUUGGAUACUGCCUUUGUUUCUUGCUGGGGUUUAAAGAUUCACAGAUAAUUUUACAACAAAUGUACAAAGGCUGCUGUAUUCAUAAAGCAUUACAUGCAUUGUAUUCAUAUGAAUUGUCCGGUAAGCUGAUGCUUUUGGAAUAGAGACCCACAUUGCAAAGCUACCUUUUCCAGUGUUCUGGUGUUGUAACAAAUACAAAAAUACACCAGCCUAUUCUAAUACAAUGGCUGUAGAGAGGAAUAAAUACCCAGGAAACAAGCUGCAUCAUUUUUACUGAAUGGGUUGUGACCAGCUGCCACUCAAUUUUACUUGGUUUCUUCCCAGGUAUGAAUCACAAGGUGACUGUGAAAAAAACAACAGGUAAUAGAAAAUAUAUUCGCUGUAUUACAAAAAUGAAAUAUGACUAUUCUAAUCUGAAUUACCGUUUUACUGAGCUGUGAUAGUGGGUUUAAGUCUAAGUUUCAUUCAGUUGAGCUAUGCAUAGCAUAUGUGAUUGACGUAAAGCUUUUAAUUGAUAAUGGUAAUGGGACAUAGGCACAAAAAACAGCUCUACAUACGUUUUAAGGGUGUUAAGAACCAUUCUACUGAAACACAUCUUGAAUUAGUACAAAACCAGGUGAUCACUGGCUAUGUAACCAUGGAAUAGCAAUCUGUUGCCAUUGUUGUAGAGUGUUAAGAAUAUACAAUGGAUUCACUUGCAGUUGCAUGAAAGACACACAAUCAGUUUUUUGGUUUUUUUUUUACUGCUUUUGAUUUAAUUACUCUGGGGUCGUACCUGUUUAGUAAAAAAUUUAACAUCUCCCCUUUUCUUUAAAUAACUUUAAGGAAUUAAAUUAAAAUAUUUUCAUUACUGAAGUAAUAAAUCUGAAGAUUUUGGUGGAAGGCAUUCUUUGUAAAAUGCUCCUGCCUGAAAUGGAAAGAUACAGUUUUAACAGAAAACUAUUCUGUGCCAUCGGCCAAUCAGCUUCCAGCUCUAGCAGGGUUCUUUAAAACGUUAUAUGCCCGCUGUAACACUAGCGCAUCAAAUGUGAUCCAAAUCUGUGACUCCACAGACUGCUAGCUGACCUAGUCCCUUGACUCACUUCAAUUUAGUGUUCCGAAAAUCCAAAAGCAACCAUGACAUGUAAUGUCUGGGAUUAUGUUUUUCUUGUUUUUUUGUCAGGACUAUUUACAUUUCUCAGUGGAAGGGUAACCGACAAAUAAUGUUCUAAUAGGGAUACAUUGAUAGGAUACAUAGGCUGCACAGCCUCAAUCUAGUAUCACUAAUGGACCGUAGAAAAUCGAAAGAAGCCAUUGUCAUCUUUUGGCACACUGGUCAAUCCUCACCUGGUUACCUGCUCUGCCAGUUAAAACCUAUGACAAUCUCUGUAGAAGUGGAGCUAUCGAGGUAAUGACAAGGCUUUUAUUCAGUAGCAAUUCCGCUUCUAGAUGCUGCUGCUGCCUCCUAGAUAUUCACAGCAGCCAGUUCAUGUAGUGCUGUUUUUUUGGCAACCCUGAUUAUGUCCCAACAUCGUUUGCACAGUUUCUGUAAGAUGUUCUGUGAUGAUGAGUUUGUUCUGUAGAAAUAAUUGUGUAUAGCAGGAUGGAUAGCUGACCUAUAAAAAUGUUGAUAUCCGGAGCAUGCUAUAAAUAAAUAAAUGCAAGUGGUAUUAAUAAGCAUAUGGGGUAAUUUUAGUAGGCUGACUGGAGCUGGUGUUAUUCCCUUUUUCUUUCUCUUUUCUUUUUGUUUGGGAUAAAUGAAUCUGCUUGAAAGGGUAGGACAUUCUCAUUACAACAACCAAGCCCAAUAAGUACGUGGUCCCUCAUAGUUUCUGUACAUGGUUAUAAGAGGUCAUUAACUAAACCCUAUAGGUACUUUAGUUCAGAAUUAGCAAACACAAGGAGCUAGUAUGAACAACAUGCAGUAAGCACUAAUAGGAGUAUAUGGUACAGUAAAUCAUACAAAUCAAACGAUACUCCUCAUAUAAUUCGAUGAAGUUUUAGCCAAUUCUAACAAAUGUGAAACCACACUAAACUGCUAGAACUCUUUGAAUCCAUUUUUGUAUUUUAUGGAAGGGCCUCAAGGACACAAGAGCAUGGAAUGCCAUUACUGGUGAACUUCUAAAAUGAACUGUCAGAGGGGUCAUCUAUAAAAGCAUCCCUUCUCAUCUGCUUUCUAACAAGCACUGAGGCCUUCAUGGUGGACUUCCCAAAUGUUACAAAUGCAAUCAGGAAAUAGGUGACCUCCACAGAUAUCUAACCUUAGCCAUUUUCAACUUUCUCUUGCUUUCCAUUGUGAAUUUCUACCAGGUCGAAUGAACCCACAUCCUUUCAGACCUACCCCCUAGCUCAGAACUCUAGGAAACUACAUUUCUCUGUACAGCUGCUAAUAAAAGGUCCACUUUGUAAAAGUGUGUUGCUGAUUCCUAUGUAUAUUUUGUGUGUGAUUCUAAACUUUACUCCAGUGAGAGGAUUUUGGUUCUAUUCUCACUGCUUUCCACAGGCUUGUGUUGCUUUGGGUUUGCUAACAUAAAUAAAUUUAAACAAAAGUU